UAGGGGAAAAAUUGUUGUGGCUGAGAUUGCUUCUGGCUUCUUCUUCUUCUUCUUCCAAGUAGUCUUCUUCAGCCUAAAACAGUCUUCCUACUUCCUUCUUCCUUCUUCUUCACUUUAUCUUCUUCUUCUGUCUCUCUCUCUUUCUACGUUUUCAUUGUUUUUUAGGGUUUCUUUUAAUUUUGUUUCUCGAUUUGAACUGUUUCCGGGAACGAUGAUCUAGUUUGUAUACUUGACUCCUCCAUGGCUAUUCUCAAGGGUUUUGGCUGCCAUGGAUUCGUUUCGUUGCUCUAGAUUCUAAAGAGGUUAUUAUCACAACGGCUUUGCUGCAAUUUGGAAACUUUCAUGUUUUUGGAGAUCAAAGAUGGUUUCUUUGUUAUACUUUACUUGUUAGAGAGGAUUUGAAGCAGCUAAUUGCUGCAAAGAUCCUGUUAUGGAUACUACUAAUACAUCUGGUGGAGAAGAAUUAUUAACUAAGGCGAGAAAGCCAUAUACAAUAACAAAGCAGCGAGAACGAUGGACAGAGGAUGAACAUGAGAGGUUUUUAGAAGCCUUGAGGCUUUAUGGAAGGGCUUGGCAACGAAUUGAAGAACAUAUUGGGACAAAGACUGCUGUUCAGAUCAGAAGUCAUGCACAAAAGUUCUUCACUAAGUUAGAGAAAGAGGCUGAAACUAAAGGUAUUCCUGUCUGUCAAGCUCUGGACAUAGAAAUUCCACCUCCUCGUCCUAAACGAAAACCCAACACUCCUUAUCCUCGCAAACCUGGGAAUAACGUUACAUCUUCCUCACAAGUAUCAUCAGCAAAAGAUGCAAAACUUGUUUCGUCUGCCUCUUCGUCACAGUGUAAUAAUCACGCCUUCUUGGAUUUGGAAAAAAUGCCGUUUCCAGAGAAAACAUCAACUGAAAAAGAAAAUCAAGAUGAUAGUUGCUCGGGGGUUUCAACCAUGAACAAGUAUCCCUUACCAAAGAAAGUAACUCCAAGAAAGGGAAAUGCCGAUAUUGAAACAAGUAAGAACUCAACCGUGGACAAUGCGGUUCAAGAUGUUCCUAAGAAGAAUAAAGACAAAGAUGGUAACGAUGGUACUGUUCACAGCCUGCAAAACUACCCUUGGCAUUUCCACGCAGAUAUUGUAAACGGGAAUAUCGCAAAAUGUCCUCAAAAUCAUCCCUCAGGUAUGGUAUCUCAAGACUUCAUGUUUCAUCCUAUGAGAGAAGAAAUUCACGGGCACGGAAAUCGUCAGGCUACUACUACAGCAUCUGCUUCUACUACUACAACUUGUCAUCAAGCGUUUCCAGCUUGUCAUUCACAGGAUGAUUACCGUUCCUUUCUCCAGAUGUCAUCUAGUUUCUCCAAUCUUAUUAUGUCAAAUCUCCUACAGAACUCUGCAGCUCAUGCUGCUGCUACAUUUGCUGCUUCCGUUUGGCCUUAUGCGAGUGCCGGGAAUUCUGGAGAUUCAUCAACCCCAGUGAGCUCUUCUCCUCCAAGUAUAGCUGCCAUUGCUGCUGCUACAGUAGCUGCUGCAACUGCUUGGUGGGCUUCUCAUGGACUGCUUCCUGUAUGUGCUCCAGCUCCAGUUGCAUGUGUUCCAUUACCAACCGAUGCAGUUCCAACUCCAGCGAUGACUGAGAUGGAUACCGUUGAAAAUGCUCAACCACUGCUUGAGAAACAAAACACAGCUGUGCAAGAUCAAAACUUGGCUUCGAAAUCUCCAGCUUCAUCAUCUGAUGAUUCAGAGGAGACCGGAGUAACCAAGCUAAAUGCUGUCUCAAAUACAAAUGGUGAUAAGAUGGAGGAAGUUAUUGUAACUGCUGCUGUGCAUGAUUCAAACGGUACCAAGAAGAAAAAUCUGGUGGAUCGCUCAUCGUGUGGCUCAAACACACCUUCGGGGAGUGAUGUGGAAACAGAUGCAUUAGAUAAAAUGGAGAAAGAUAACGAGGAUGUGAAGGAGACAGAUGAAAAUCAACCAGAUGUAAAUGAGUUAAAUAACCGUAAGAUUAAAUUGAGAGAAAACAACAACAACAACCAAGCUACUGAUUCGUGGAAGGAAGUCUCCGAAGAGGGUCGUAUAGCGUUUCAGGCUCUCUUUGCAAGAGAAAGAUUACCUCAAAGCUUUUCACCUCCUCUAUUGGCAGAGAAUGUGAAUGGGAAACAAAGUGACACGUCAAUGCCAUUGGCUCCUCCUAAUUUCAAAGUUCAAGGUUCUUGUGAUGCAGACCAAGAAAGAGUAGUAAUGAUCGGUGUUGGACCUGGCAAGAGUCUAAAAACGAGACAAACAGGAUUUAAGCCGUACAAGAGAUGUUCAAUGGAACUGACAGAGAGCCAAGUUGGGAACACAAACAAUCAAAGUGAUGAAAAAGUCUGCAAAAGGCUUCGAUUGGAAGGAGAAGCUUCGACAUGACAGACUUUGAGGUAAAAAAAAACAACCACAUAUUUACCAAUAUCUCUAGUGUUAGUAAUUGCUUCUUCAAUCUAUAUGAAAGAAAGAGACUGUUAUUUCUUCUUCAUCUUUAGAUCCAUGAGAACAUUUCUUUGGUCAAGUCAGGUUCUGUACCAUAUCACCACCCCAUGUAUUAUUAUCUCUUGUCUCUGUUUGUUGUGUAUGCUACUUCUAGUCUAUAUGUCUGCUGCUACUACUACUGUUAAUUAACCAUUCAAGCAAUGGAUUCAUGUCUUUUUUUCUCUUAA